AUGCAAAGAGUUAAAUCAGACAUUAUGUCAAACCUCAAGGAGUAUAUCGAAGUGGAGUUGCCGAAAUUUAAGAUAAAAAUAGAGAGCGCUAAUGAAAAUAUUUGUAAAAUGGAAGAAAAAAUAAUAAACAAUACAUCUGAUGACCUAAUAACACUGGCAAACUUUAUCAAAGAUGAGUAUGAACAGUUGUAA